CCCCCCCCCCCCCCCCCGGCAGUUUUUUGGGGUUUUGUGCUCUGGUGGAUUUGUUUACCUAGUGCCCAGUGGUUCAUUUGUUCGAGAGCCAUGUAAUCUCAACUUUUUUUUAUCCAUUUCGCAGAAGGUUAACCCCCUAAUCUGCGAAAGACUCCACUUGUCGCCGGCCUCACGUCUGUGAAGUCUUCAGUCACUGAAAAAAAAACUUGGAUGGCCGCUCGAGUUUAUCUGAUGGACUCUGUUCACGUGCAGACUAUAGCUCGCUGAGGACAAACGCUAUAUUCUUUUGAUAACUGGAGACACGACAGUCAGUGUGGGAGUCGAUCUAAAAGGCGCACGCAGCAGCAGCAGCAGCACAGGGCGAGCCGCUGUCCCCGCGCCCAGUGCUGAGGAGAGAGACUCGCGCCUCCAUAAAUGCCCGGUCCGUCGGAGAGGCUCGAGGCUGGGCAGCGAGAUGAGCUUGUGGGUACGGCUGCUUGCGUUGCUGGUGGCGUGUCUGCGCGUGUCUGGCGCAGCCGGGGUGGACCCUCUACCUGCAGCACUGGUGGACCUGGUUAGAAGCAGCUCCAUCACCUCCAUCGAGGACCUGCAGCUGCUGCUGUUCUCCGACUCCCUGGACCAGGAGGAAGAGGGCUCCCCUGUCCCAGGAGGUCAUAGGUCACCAAGGAGCCUUAACGCCCAGCCGGCCCAGCAGGCUCUGUGCAAGGUCCGCACAGAGGUGGUGGAAGUGACCCGGGACAUGUUAGACCGCAGCAACGCCCACUUCCUGUUAUGGCCGCCGUGCGUGGAGGUGCAGAGGUGUUCUGGCUGCUGCAACGGCAACACCUUGCAGUGUGUCCCCGUGCUCACACACACCAGAUACCUGCAGGUGAUGAAGAUCCAGUACAUCAACCAGAAGCCAACCUACAACAAAGCUGUGGUGUCGGUGGUGGACCACGUGGAGUGCCGGUGCCAGCCGGUGCCACGACCUCCGGCGCCCAAGAAGAAAUCCUCCAGAAGAGGGCCGGUUCCCAACAAGGACCAACACCACAACCAAACCAUAGACCAGCAACAGGGCCUGGGCAAGUCACACUCUAAGGAGGAGCUGCAUCGGCAGGACGAGAUCAAGAAGAACCAGAGGGUCCACCUGGAGAAGCUGCUGGAACAGCACUGGAGCCCCCGAGGUGACACGUUCACCCCGCCGGAGGAGGAGCAGCACUACAGCCCGGCUGGGGCCGGGGCCGGGGCCGGCGGUGGAGCCUCGCACUCUGGGGGGGCUGUUCUGCACACGCCCCACUGGGUGCAUAACGCCAGCAGGUUGCUGGAGACCAACGACAGCACGGGAAUACAAGGGAAAGGUGCGGGGCAAUGGGGUCCGACCUCGUCUCCUUUGGAUGUACCUGGUGCAGGCAUCGAGGGGCCGGGAGGUGCGGUGGAACCGUCCUUAUCGCUCAACAGCACAGAGGAAAGGGCCAGGAUGGAUUUGGGACUACAGAAGAAUGCAGACAGGCAUCGAGAGACUCAGAGGGGAGGUGAACGAUCGACGGAUCCAAAGAGCCACGAGAAAGAUCUCGACACUCCGAACCAGCAAGUUCCCUCCAUUGCGUCCAAUCAGGACGGUGGCGGAAGUAGAUUCCGACCGACAAAGGAGCCCAACCCGGAUCCUCCUGGGAAGGGAAGGCAUGGAGGAAAUGAAACCCCAGAGCAAGAGAGGAAGUUACAAAUGGAGGAGGCACAGCUAGAGGAGGAGAGAAGGGAGCUUCUGCUCCUGCACAAGAGGCUGGACCGGGAGAAGGAGCUCAUACGGCUGCAACAACUGAAACAAGAGGAAGAGAAGGAACAGGAGAAAGAGAGCGGGCAACAGCCUCACCUUCAAUACAAACAGCAUCAUCAUCUGCAAACAACAACGCAAAACAUAGUGACAACAUCUCCAUCCACCACACCGACCCCGGUGACCCCAGACGCUCCCCGGGCCCCUGCCCGGCCCAACCAGCGUAGGAGAAGGUUGAAGAAGAACCGCAAGAAAAUCAGCAAGGCAGCGAUGAGAGCCAUGCUCAUGUAGGACUUCCACUGACCCAAGGUCACAUGGUUCUAUCUUUUGCAUUUCAUUGGCUGUUCCGACUUCUGAGAGGCGGAGUAAACUUGUCCUCAUAUUUAUUCUCUUGUUUCUUGUUCGUUCUGUGGGUUUUCGUCUUCUAGUAACACUACUAAUGACUGUCUGAACCUUUUGUUACCAUUGGAUGGAGUACGACAGUUCAAAAGAAUCAAGUAUACGCCAAUAAUAGGUAAUCAACUUCAACUGGCCCCUGCUUGCGUUGACACGUUUGGUCAAAACGUUGUUGGACGCCAACCACGGAGAAACCACACCAAAUGAUUGGGAAAGCAAACCCAUUUUUGGUUGGGAAAACAAGCAAAGAAAAAGGACUUUGAUGGAGAUGAUCCCAGUUCUUAUUAAUGAAGGCUGCCUCAAUCCGAGAAUCAUCCCUGCAACAACGAGAUGAUAAUGAAAAAGAAAAUCGGACUCUUAAGAGCACUGAUGGAUUAUAAUGAUGAUUAAUACGUAAACCAGGUGAUCUGAGGACAAUCUGUUGAGCAUUUCAAAGGGUCAACAUCUUUUAACCUUAGCUUAAAGUAAGUCAGAUAUAGUUUUUCCUGUAUUGGCCACAUACAGGCCGACUUGUGAUGUUUGACCCUCUCGUGUUUUAAACUUGCAAUACAUUACAUUUAGAUAUUGGCAUAUCGCAUAGCAGAGGGUCAAUAACUUGAAAGUGGUUACAUCUUGUUAUUACUGAGGAUGUGUGUGGAUCAGGAUAUUUUGCAAAGUACCUAAUUCACACAUAUUUCCAUCAGUCAACGGUUAAAGGUAUCAUGUGUAUUUGCAUUUACAGCCACCAAACGAAAAAGCCUUUCUGCAAACUCCAACUCACAAUCAUUGUGUUACUCAACACAAUAAUAUUUGCAGCCGCAUGUAUUCAUCCCAUCUCCUGUUAAUAUGUUAUCAUUAGCUCAAUGAUGUUAGCAUCUCAGCCUUUUUUUAACCAGAGGGCUCGAGGACAACUUCAAUACAGGACGCUCUCUUGUUUUUCGAAAGUCUUCAAAAACUCUUACAGGGGGUUUAUUAUUUGGAAUAGGUCAUCAUUGUCGAAUGACUGUAGCACCUAUGACUCACUAUUGCGUAUAUUUCUUUCUUAAAUAUUGGUGUAUUUUUUUUUACUUAUUGAGAUCUACCUAUAUAAUUUGUUUUAAACACUGGAGUCUUACAGUUGUGCGACAGAUUGUGGCGUGCAAGUCUUUAGAGAGAUGGAAUGGUGAAAGAGGAGGGUCUAACCGAAUAACCCGUCUUGUUGCCGUUCUUAUUUAUUGAAUCUUUCCGAUGUCUGUGUCCGAUUUCUUUACAAAUUCUGCAUAUGAAAUGUGGUUUGACACACAUAUAUAUAUAUGAAAAAAUAUAUAUAUAUUAUAUAUAUAUAGUUUAUAUUUGUAAGUUCAUCAGAUCAUUUUCCAAAGGGAUCAUAAUCAUUGACAUGCCAGUGCAAGUGCAACGUAAAGCUUAAAUUUCAAUCCCGUGUCAAUUAGUAUGUAUUGUGCCAUUUUGUUUCCCACUGCAUUUAUAUGUGUGUGUAUGUGUGUGUGUGUGUGUGUGUGUGUGUGUGUGUGUGUGUGUGUGUGUGUGUGUGUGUGUGUGUGUGUGUGUGUGUAUGUGUGUGUGUGUGUGUGUGUGUGUGUGUGUGUGUGUGUGUGUGUGUGUGUGUGUGUGUGUGUGUGUGUGUGUGUGUGUGCGUGCGUGCGCGGAGGCAGACUGAUACAUGCACAUGGUGUACUUCAAGAGGCAUGCAACAACCCCUACAGGAGGAUUUCAAUCAUGUGAUCUGAAGUUUCACAAAAUAAAUACAAGCCUGCCAUCUUGGGACUUCAUGAGCAGCAAUUGUAGAAUAACCAAGCAACCAGUCGUUAUUAUUCAUAAUAUAAUGGUGGAAAGCACCAAGAUGGCAGCUUGGAAUGUGUGUGACAUCAUGUGGAACCCUCCUAUUGCUCACUCAGCUCUCCUGACCUUUUAUCCCUUCAAAUAAAAAAGGCGGGAAACUAUACAGAACGGGUCCCAUAUUUAUAGGAGCAGUGCAGCUUCCCCUCCUGACUGUGGUUUGAUUUGACAACAUGGACAGAAACACUACGACGACGAGGCCACUGAGACGGGCGUGCCAAGUAAUUCUAAAACAAGACAGAGAGAGAGUGGGCAGUUCCUUUCCUGGCUCUCUCUCUUGCUCUCCAGCUCAAUCUCUCUCCCUUUGUGUUUAUUUUUUGCCCUGAAACAAUUGCGUCCCUUUUGAAUGUUUGGGAAGAGAAUAGAAAAGAGGGACAGAGAGAAGGAAAGGGAGGGAGAACGAAGGAGAGACCUUGGGGGAGUGAUAUUUUUUAACGUAAGAAAUACAAUCACGAUCAGUUGGUGCAAUUGGAGCUCCAAAAGGCACCACAAACUGAAUUCCAUGAUAUGUUUUACCUUUUCAUAUGAUAUUGUUCGAGGAUGCGGUAUAUAAAUGAUAUUCCAUCUUAAAAAAGAAAUGAAAAAUUUGUCAUAAUUCUGUUUCUUUGUGCUGUCCUAAACCAGAUGGGCAUUUAUUAUUAAGUUAUUGAAAAAAAAACAAGGCUUGUAUGUUUCAUGCCAACUUACAACUGUUAUUGAUGAUUGUCUGAUUGAUUCUUUAAUGUGUCCAAAGGAAAGGGAUGUUUUGUGAUAAUAUUGCUAUCUAAUGCUAUUUUGAGAUAAGUAUAAAAAACAAAUGUGCCAAAUUGAA